AAAUAAGAAUUGCUCAUGGUGAAACAGUUUCAGUUGUUGUUAAUGGUCGAGGAUGAAACUACUUUUUGGAUUUGCCUUAUUGCCAUUGAUCUCGGCGGCAAACGACACCAUCCCACCCCUCGUUCCAAAUUCAAUUGUUUCAGGGCUCAUUACAUUUGUCACGACAAAUUUCCUCCCAGUUUUAGGCAUACCAACGGUUAUUGAUAGUAACGCAUAUGUUCCGGAAGAUUUUACCCUCACGGACACUCUAAUUAAACAGAAUGGGUAUGGGUAUGAGCUACAUAAAGUCGUCACCGAAGACGGCUACGUUCUUAGCCUACACAGAAUACUUCCGCCCAAUGGUACAGACCCUGGCAACAGAAUGCCAGUUUUACUUCAGCAUGGGGUUUUGGCUUCUUCGGAUUCAUGGCUUGUAGGUCCAAACUCAGGUUUAGCUUUCUUACUCGUUGACUAUGGUUAUGAUGUCUGGCUUGCCGACCAACGUGGGAAUGCUUACUCUAAGGGUCAUGUGAGAUACUCAGUUAAAAAUUCUGAAUAUUGGAAUUUCACUUUUCAUGAAAGCGGAAUGUUUGACUUACCAGCUUUUAUAGACCGGGUAUUAAAUGUAACUGGUAAACCACAAUUGUUUUACAUUGGCCAUUCGAUGGGAACAACUGUUUUACUUACAAUGGCGUCUAUGAGACCCGAGUAUAAUGAUAAGUUGAAAGCUGCUGUACUUCUUGCUCCUGUUGCAACAACUCCCACACUUUCAGAAAUAUAUCAAACCGUUAUCAGGCUGCUUAUCUUGUACGCUGAUGCCAUAAAGGAAUCCUAUGAUAGGCAGCAUAAAUAUGAAUUUUUUCCAAGGAGUGGGGAACUUAUCAAGGCAAUCAGAAGAAACUGCGCACCUGAUGCUUCUAUGUUCGACUUCUGUUUGGAUGUACUUGGAAUGGGAUAUGGCGAAAAUAGAGCUAAUUUGGAUAGAAAUACAAUUGGCAAAUCUGUAAGUUACCUGCCAUCAGGCACUUCGCUUAAUACUAUGGCCCACCUUACACAACUCUAUAAAACGGGGUUCAGGCUUUACAACUAUGGAAAACUGAAAAACCUGGAAGUUUACGGCUCAGAUAUGCCUCCAUUUUAUCCCUUGGAGAGGGUAACAACUCCAAUUGCAAUUUACUAUGGCGACAAUGACACGUUAAUGAACAGAAGGUCUGCAGUAGAACUGGCGAGCAUGCUGCCAAACCUGAUAAUUAAUAAGGUGGUAGCAGAUCCGAAAUUUACUCAUAUGGAUUUUAUAUUUGGAAUAAAUGCAAAAGAAGUGUUGUAUGAUGAUGUGGCUAAUUUGUUGGAUUCAAUACGAUAAGCAUUACAUUACCAAAAAAUUUCGGGUUAUAUUCUAGUCUUCUAAAAAAAUACAUAUUUUAUAGUAAAAUAUCAAUAAAUUAUUAAUUAAAUA